GUCGGUGACAAUAACCGAUAGGCGGUAGUGACUGGGAUUAGGCAAAGUAUACACAUCAAUAAACCCAAUAUCCAAUACAUUUGGCAUGACAACUAACGAGAAGAAAUCUGUCUCUGAAGACAGCAACAUGACGGACUACGCUAAUCUGGCGUUCAACCCGUACGCUAUAAGCACGGAUGAUUUGACUGAGAUUAGUAAGGUUAGUGGUGGUGGUUCACUAACGAAAAACGGUGGCAAGCCAAUGGUGAACGGUGGAUUUCAACCAGAACCGUUUGUCGAAAGCAACCCGCAUUACGAGGACACCGCCGAAGUGGCGAAGAAGGCUGGCCUCACGCCCAGCACUGGCCGUAGAAAGAAGGAGAAUAUCGUCUACGAAGCCGCUGGAUACAAGAAAAAAGCACCAAGCAAGAAGCAGCCCGAACGAGCAAGUCGAAUACCUACUUCGAAUUUGCCAGCUCGCCCAAUCGAAGAUUGGAGAGGCAUCUCGACGAAUACGGCUUACGGCGCUUGGAAACUGCCGUUUUUCAUACUAUGUCUUUUGGUUCUUAUCGGUAUGAUUGGAGCAGCAUUUGGGGUUUUGGCCUAUUUUGACGAGAAGGAAUGUUCGUGCAGUACUUCCCCGCACACAGAGGCACAGCGCGAUCCACAAGAUUCUACAAACACAUCUCAACAAAUGCAAGAAAUUCGUGAGCUCAGAGGAAGCAUUCAGGAGUUAUUCGGUAAGAUUGACGAGAUGAAUGCCGCACUGCGUCUUCUCGACGCAAAACAAACGGAUCAAGAAACAAAGUUGACUCAAACGAAAAGCGCGAUGAAUACCACAUUUAACGAACUGAGAAAUGGAAUUCAGACUAUCAACUCAACGUUUAAUCUGAAGUUAAAAGCCGUCAAUCUCAACGUUUCAUCCUUAAGUAGCGACGUAAACGAGUUAAGAAAUUUCACUAAAGAGAUGGGUCCUCGUGGUUUUAAUGGAUCGCAGGGUUUACAGGGACCUCGUGGUUACAAUGGUUCUAUAGGACUUCAGGGGCUACAAGGACAACAAGGGAUACAGGGGAUCCAAGGAGUUGGAAACUUAUCUGCUUGUGUCGUUAAAGAGAAGAGCGCUCAAACUACCUAUAAAGAUGGGAAUGGAGCAAUACAGAAGGUUGAUGUUGAUCAUGUGGAAAGACCGGGCUGGAAAGUGAUUUCGGCUGUUUGUUCGACGGAAAAACACGCUGGAGCUCUUCAUACAGUCCUUUCAAGAGAGAACAAUAAAUACAUUUGCACUUGUGCAGGACCGUCAACAUAUUCAGAAUUUGAACCAACUAUUAUUGACAAGGAUAAUAAUAAGCAUUUACGGUGUGUUAUAAUUUAUUGGGAAUGUCCAGUGCACACGUGAUAGCAGGAAAUUCGUCGAAAAUGUAUUUUUAAAAAUCCUGGCUACGUUCCAGUGCACAUGUGGUAUAAAUACGGGAUGUAGGGCUAUAUGGUUUUUCAAAAGACGGAAUGCGUUAAGAAUUACUGGUAUCACUGAAACUUGAAGACUCAGGCACUAAUCAUACGACAUUUGUUUCGGUGCAUGUCAGCUCUCACAGAUUUAAUUUCCUACGAUCACAUAUUGCUUAAUCUCAUUAUCAUGCAUAACUUAGGUGAGGAAACCCUAGCUUUAAGCUGUUGAACUCUAUGUAGUGAUGAUGCGAAUACGUGAUGUCGCGUAACUUUGGCCCUAAUUCGUCACAUGUCUAUAUUUUUUCAAUCAAGUCUUGCGAAGACACAAAUUGGGGCAUGCACUGUUUAUCGUGGCCUUGCUUUCGAACCUACUCCAACCAUGCAUUUCCAGGUGAUUUAAAAACACAUGGCUAUAGGGGCCAUGCAUACAUUUGGCACUUGUCAGGGCCUGUUUACAUGGCGCGAGUUAUCCCGGCUAGGCGAGGUAAAAAGCGCAUCACAUCAAAGGCUUAACCUGAUUAGUCUUUCAUAAUUUCAUUAUAUGCAGUUUUCACCUCGCCUAGCAUGCAGGGAUAACUCGCUCUAUGUAAACGGGCCCUCAGAAACCCAUAUUCCAAUUGAAUAUUUUGAUAUAUCACAAUCUCAUGAAAUGUAUUUCUCCCGGCUGCUUCCUAACUCAAAGUAGUGCCUGCCCUAUCUGAUUCUUCCUUUACCGGGUGAGCUUAAAUUGCUUUCAAGACGAUAUACAGGCCGUCAUGCGAAAGACAUGCAAUAGACACGUGACGAACGAGAGGCAAGCAUGUACAUCAACAUCAGCAAGCAUGGACCCCCAUGAGCCAGUUGUUUGGAUGCUGGAUAGCGCUAUCUGUUGGAUGGUAGCAAAAUAUUUCAACAUUUCGAUCUAAGUCGAGAAAAUCUACAAUCGAUUCUUAUCUAAUAUAUAACACACACGUUCAUUACAAGUCUUUAGGAAGGCUUUUGAAAAAUCAAAAUCCAAUGGCAAUUAAUCAUUGCGCUACCCAAUUUAAACAACUGAUUCUAGGCUAAGUUUAACUUCUGUAUACCAAAACAAAGGUUAAUCUGUAAAUACUCAUUGUGAAAAUAAAAAUUUUUGACGAAUAUACAAAUUUUGAUCUGUAUAUUUCGACUCAAAUCUGAAUCAUCUUCAGCGGAAAAUUUUACAAAAUUUUAUAAAAUUUUCUGCUGAAGAUGAUUUAGAUUUGGAUCGAGAUAUACAGAUUAAAAUUUAUUUGUGUAUUUGUCAAAAUGUAUUUACACAAAUAAUGAGUAUUUUCGGAAUAACCUUUGUAUUUAUAUUUGCUGAAAUUAUCAGCUGGAAAUAGAUUUAUCUUCUAUCAACGGGUUGAUUUGCACAUGGUUUAAUGACAGACAGACGUAUUCACGUAUAGACUACAGACCAGUUCAUCGACGCGCCUGGCUAGAAAAUUGUAACAGCCAAAAGUACAACCAAAUGUGUACAUAUACAUGAAUGUUAAUGGCAAAAAAAAACUCAUCAAAUGUUUUAAACAUGAGGUACUUGAGCUGUCAUGUUCUAAGAGCAAUGCUGUCUCAAUUCUGUCAUCCAUCAUAACUAGAGCACAAGAUUUCUGUUGCUGAGCUGGCCUUUCUGUUUGUUUCCGAUCGCUCAGGAAACGAUCAAAAUUAAUUAAUUUAAUUUAUUAACAGCUUAGAAACACUUGUAUAUAAUAACAAAAAAUAGUAGAAUUAACGUCAAAAGCCACGGUUUCUGGUUUUUCCGCAUGCUUUCGUUAGAAUACCACAUAUAUGUUGAAGAAUAAGACUCCACCAUAUUGCUAUUAAAGAUUUGGGAAUCCUUCACAAUGUAAAUUUGUAUAAUUUAUAUAUAUAUAUAUAUAACUUCAAAACUAACUAUAAAAACGUGUAAUUUAACUUAUAA